AUGGCUGCAAUUUGCUCCAGAAUUUUCCUCUUCUACAAUCUCAUCUACACAAUCUUCCUCUCUCUCAUUCCAAAAAAACUCAGACAUUACCUCCCUUCUUCAUACAAUCCACACCAACAACAACAACAACAGAUCCACGACCUCACCACCACCACCACUCCAUUACUUCCACCUCCAUCAACACCGCGUUCUUCUCGCAUGGAUUCCGACCAACUCCACCGCAUCUUCCAGAUGUUCGACAAAAACGGAGAUUCCAGAAUCACCAAACAGGAGCUCAACGAGUCCUUAGAGAACAUGGGGAUAUUCAUCCCAGACUCGGAUCUAGUUAAAAUGAUCGAAAACAUCGAUGAAAACAACGACGGAUGUGUUGAUAUCGACGAGUUUGGUGCUCUGUACAAAUCGAUCAUGGACGACAGGGAAAACGAGGAGGAUGUGAUGGAAGCCUUCAAUGUGUUCGAUCAAAAUCGAGAUGGGUUUAUCACUGUGGAAGAAUUGAGAUCGGUGUUGGAGUCGCUAGGGCUGAAGCAAGGGCGGCAGGCGGAUGAUUGCAGGCGGAUGAUCAUGAAGGUGGAUGUUGAUGGUGAUGGGAUGGUUAGUUUUACGGAAUUUAAAGAGAUGAUGAGAUCAGGUGGGUUUUCCGCCAUGGCUCAAAAUUAA